GCUGUCGCGCAGCGGCGGGGGAGUGGCGCCUUUCAGACGCGGGAGCUGGCCGCAGAGCGGCGCGCGCGGGGGCAGAAGCUGGGCGCGCGCCUUUGUGGGGAGGAUGCGCGUGCGGAUCCAGCAAGCUCUGAUACUUGCAGCGGUGGCAGGGACUGGGCUCAGGCGAAGUAUCAGGUGUGGCCGGAGGGAGCUUUUCUCCUUCCAGACCCAAUCCUCCCCCACCUUUAAAAAAAAACAAAAAACCUCAGCUUCUGCUUUAGAAAGCAGCCAAAAGACAGGAACAGCCUGUCGUCUGAGCGCGCCCCUGUCCAAACACACAGAGCUCCAAGAGCUGCAAACUGGGUGUUAAAAUCUCUCUUACUCCCCUGCUGCCGUGGGUGCAAGAAGCAUUUACUGGAGGGGUUUUCAGACUGUGGCAAUGGGAACGACAGAAUUCUGUUGUUGAAGGGUGAGUCAGCAACAAGUCUGUGAACACAAGGUAUAUCUUUUUAUGAAGAAUAUGAUCAGCAACUUCUCCAUCACUGAAGAAGAAUUGGACUGGCUUAGCAAUCCAAGCUUCUCCACAGAAGAUGCACUGAAACUGCACCAGCACACUGCAAAGGCUUCAGAUCCUGCUCCUAAGAGAUCACAAUUUAUAAGCAGGAGUCCUUCAAGGUCAGAGCUCUCAGGAGGAAGUGACACCAAUGAAGAUCUAAAAAAAUCAACUAAGAAAAGGAAAGGGAAAAAGAAAAAGCAUCAUCACCACAAAAAAAGAAAAAAGAAAACCAGAGAAGAAUCAAGUAACAGUGAGUCAGACUUGGACAGUGAGUGUAUGAGGGAUAAACCUAGAGGAAGUGACACAAACCGUGAAAGAGAAGCAGCAACAUUGAAUCUAGAAGACAUUACAUCAAAUGUUGCCACCAAUCGCUUUGUUUGGCUUGAGGAUAUUCAGGCUUUGACAGCAGAAACCUUCAGAACAGACAAGAAACCAGACCCUGCAAACUGGGAAUACAAGUCACUGUAUCGAGGGGACAUAGCAAGAUACAAGCGGAAAGGUGACUCAUGCCUUGGUAUUGACCUAAAGAAACAAUGUAUAACUUGGGAAAGUUCCAUUGUAGAAAAGAAACAAUCCCCCAACCGACCUGAACGCUACUUCACGAAGAAUAGUGUGAAAUUAUUGACCACAGAUGGAAUUCCAGUUUACAGUAAAAGCCAAACUUCAUUUGGUUCAAGCACUUUUAUACCAGUUUCACAACUGGACAGUGAUGCUCCUACUACAACAACCUGUGUGAAUCCUCUUGGGAUUUAUGAUCCAUUGACCACACUCUGGUUGCAAGGAAAAGGUCCCCCAGAGCAUGAGACUUUAAAGCAGCAGGCAUCCCAAGAGACCAGUGGGAAUGUUAACUCUAUUCUAAUGGCAAAAGUGGAAGAAUAUAAUAGGAUGGUCAGAGAAAAUCCAAGAGAUGUUCACACUUGGAUGGAAUUUGUUUCUUUUCAGGAUGAAAUAAUGAGAGGACCUAGCCCUUAUGCCAUCAAAGAGGGAGAGCAGGAAAUAAGGAGAAAAUCAUUCAAGCUAAUCCUAGAAAAGAAACUGGCCAUUUUAGAGAGAGCUAUUGAAAGCAACCCAAAUGAUGUUGAUCUGAAACUUGCCAAGCUGAAGCUUUGUACAGAAUUCUGGGAACCAUCAACUUUGAUCAAAGAAUGGCAGAAGCUGGUUUUUCUGCAUCCCAAUAAUCCACUGCUGUGGCAGAAAUAUCUCUUAUUUUGUCAAAGUCAGUUCAGCACCUUUUCAGUUUCAAAAGUCCAUAGUUUAUAUGGAAAAUGUUUGAGCACUUUGGCAGCUGUACAGGAUGGCAGCAUGGUAUCACAUCCUAUACUACCUGGCACAGAGGAAGCUAUGUUAGCUGUCUUUCUUCAGCAGUGCCAUUUUCUUAGACAGGCGGGCCAUUCUGAGAAAGCUGUGUCUUUGUUCCAAGCCCUGGUUGAUUUCACCUUCUUUAAACCUGACAGCGUAAAAGAUCUGCCAACAAGAGGACAGGUAGAGUUCUUUGAACCAUUUUGGGAUAGUGGAGAGCCUCGGUUUGGAGAAAAAGGAGCAAAAGGCUGGAAAUCAUGGAUGCAUCAACAAGAAAAGGGAGGCUGGAUUAUCAUCAAUAAACCUGAUGAUGAGGAGGAAGAUGGAGAUGAAGAUCAAGAAAUAAAGGAUAAAACUCUACCCAAAUGGCAAAUUUGGCUGGACAUUGAAUGUUCCCGUGAAACAAGGCAUUGGCUGCCUUGGCGACCUGACAAAACUAAAAAGCAGACUGAAGAAGAUUGUGAAGAUCCGGAGAGACAGGUAUUGUUUGAUGAUCUUGGGCCAUCUUUAAUCAGACUUUCUAGUCCAGAUCUUCAGUUUCAGCUGCUGUACUCAUUUCUGCAAUUCUUGGGAGUUCCAUGUGGGUGUAGUCUCUUUCCUUCAAAUCUCUAUAUCGCAAUGGAUGAGAACAACAUCUUUGACAAUGGGCAGUCUGAAAGGCCGCUGACUUCUUUUGACUCGCUGCUUUCUGGAGUCAAUAGUAUUGGCCAUAUGGACACAAUGACCAGAGGGAGACAGCACAUAGGACACAGUAAGGAAGGAGAGGAGUUCAUACAGAAUGUCUUUCAUUUAAUAUUGCCAUUAUUUUCAGGAAAGGAAAAGUCAAACCUUUCUGUCUGUUGGCUACAAUAUGAAAUCUCAAAGGUUGGUCAAUGUCUCCAAGCAAAAAACAAGAAGAAACUGAAGUCACAGGGAAAGAAAAGCAAAAAACUAGCCAAGAAUCUCCUUAAGGCAUCUGAAAACCGAAACAACCUUUCCCUCUGGAAACUGUAUGCCUACUUGGAAUGGUUACUUGGCAACACAGAAGAUGCUAGAAAAGUAUUUGAUACAGCUCUUUGCUUGGCAGGAACUGAAGGAAUGAGAAAUACCCAACUCUGUAGUCUGAGCCUGCUUUAUGCUUCACUGGAAGUGGAGCUACUAGAGAGUCUGGAGGAAACUGUUAUGUCACGUGCUGUACAUAUAUUGACCAAACUGGCUGAAAGUGGGCCAUAUGUACCUUAUCCUGGGCACGUGUUAUCUGUGAAUAUCUUGAAAGCUCGGAAGGCAUAUGAGCAUGCGUUGCAAGAUUAUUUAAAUGAAAGUCCAGUCUCUAAUUGGGAUCAGGUCAGCAGUUCUAACCAACUGGUUAGUUUAGUUGGUUGUUAUGCACUUUUCCAGUAUUUGACUGUUGGGAUUGAUGCUGCUGUAUUAAUAUGUAGACAUAUUUCUGAAAAGCUUAAAGGUUCUGCUUCACGGAAGUUUGAAGGUAUUGGAGAAAAUCUUGGCAUUCAUAAUUUCCCCACUGCUCUUGAAGCAGUCACACUCAUGCACACAAAUUUACUCAGGUACCAUAUGAAAGUUAGCAUUUACCCUUUAAAUCCACUGCGAGAGGCACUAACGGAAGCUUUGAAGCUGUAUCCUAGCAACCAGUCUCUUUGGAGGUCAUAUAUCCAGAUCCAAAGCAAGUCUCACAAUGCUAGCAAAGCACGAAGAUUUUUUGAUAGUGUCACAAGGUCUGCUAAGUCCCUAGAGCCGUGGCUGUUUGCAAUCCAAGCAGAGGAGAUGAGAAAGAAGCUUGUUGAGAAUGUUCAGAGAGUAGAUGUUGGAGAAAUAUAUUCAACAAUUCCUGAAACUGGAUUAAAAAAUCGGAUCAAAACUUUAUUUGAACACGCAAUUCAGAGUGAAAACGGUGCCCAUUGUCCGUUGUUGUGGAGAAUGUAUUUGAAUUUUCUGUUUUCUCUAGGAGAUAAAGAAAGGAGCAAAGGACUGUUUUAUAAAGCCCUUCAGAACUGUCCCUGGGCAAAGGUGCUGUAUAUGGAUGCAAUAGAGUAUUUUCCAGAUCAACUGCAAGAGACCCUAGAUCUAAUGACUGAAAAAGAAUUGAGAGUAAGGGUACCUAUAGAAGAACUGGAAUUGCUACUGGAAGAUUAAAAGAAGAUGGUGCAAGAACAAACAAGAAAAAGAAAAAACAAACAAAAAAGGGAAUUUUGAUGUCCAAAAGACCAACUAUAAUGGUCUUCAACCAUUAUCUCUGACUGGGACUUCAACGGACUAUGCACAUACUUUUCUUACUAAGAAUAAUUUGUUAAAAACUUUGCUAUUACUGUGCCACACCACUAGCUGUAAAUACCCUAGAAUUUGUUCCACAUCUUGUAGUGGGCUGCUUUACACAUGUAAAUACAUCUGUUUUUCUGGAAAGUGCAGCGAAAUCCACAAAAUGAUACUUACCGUUAAUUAAUUUGCUGUUGGACCCCAUCUACAACUCGUAUGCUACAGUUUAAUACAGCCAUUCCCUUGAAUUCAGUGGAAUGUCAAGACAUGCCUACUACAAUUUGCUAGGCAGCACAGGAAGUAAACAUCUGCCAAAUGUACCCUUUACAAUCUGCUGCUGUCAACAGGCUAAAUAUGUCCUGCUUGGUGUGGAUGUAUAUAUAAAUAUCCACGUAUGUUCCAGUAUCUUGCUUUCUGUACAAAACAAGAAGAUAAGUAAAACUCUUGAAAAAAUAUCCAAGCAACAAUUAGCUCAAUUGAUAAACUGUUAACUUGUCAAACAAGUUUUGGCUUUUAUCAGCUUUGUCUUUGCAUGUGUACAUGAUAUGACAAUUCUAAUGUAAAUAUUUAUGAAAAACAUACUUAAAUAUUUUAAUUUCAUUGGAACUUGGAUUUUUUAUUUUUUAAAUGUUAAUUUUGGUGAGGAAAAUGUAUACAUCUUUAUUUUUAAUACCUAGAUUUUUUCUAGCAGUAAGUUUUUGUUUUGUUUUAAAUACGCAAGCUAUUAUAAUUAACUUCCCUGUACUCCCAACAUACAUUGGGUAAUUGUCAUGAGAGAAAGAAAAUGGUAAUUCUGUUUUGAGGUGCCGCUUGCUAAGGUGACUGCUCAGGAUAUUAGACUGUUUAUAGCAACUCUGUACUUUACAGGCUAGUCGACACUGAUAUAAGAUGGAAUAUGGCAACUGUUUAACAGUGUAUAGCAUAUUUUUUCCACUUCCCAUUAUAAACAAAUGUGUAAUGUUACUAUGUUCAGACGAAAAUAAAUAGGGAAUUUACUUAUAUAGAAAGUGCUAAAAUAUGAACAAGACACUGGAUUUCACACCCUUGUUGUUGAGACUGCAAAUGAUGAGGAUCUGAGUUUUCAUCUGUGAAAGAAACUACCUCCAACAGCAGAGCCCUUUAAUAUCAUAUGGGGUAUUGGUUUUGUAUCGACUCUGAAGGAAGAGUGCGAGCUACUCAAUCACUUAUACUUAUCUCUGCCGCAAUGAGAUACACCAUGGAGGGCUCCUGUCCAGCCCAACCCUGGUCAGCUGAUGAGAUCUGUUAGCAUUGCAGCACAGACUAAGUCCAUUUUAGUUUGCAUUGUAAUUCAUUUAUCCAUGUUGUGAACGUAUUUUGAAUAGAGAUGGGGAUGUGCAAAUGUUUGACCAUGUUCUUAAAUUUUAUAAUACUUCUGUAGCAACUUUUACUGAAGAUCUUAAAUUGCUUUACUUAGUAAAUUUAGCCUCAUAUUAUCACUCUGAUUAAGUGCAAGUAUGGCCACAUUUUUGUUUCAAAAUUAAUGGAUUCAGUGCUAUUUUUCUUUUUAAAAAAUCCAUUACUUCUAAAACCCCAGUUUCAUGUGAGUCUGAGAGAUGGCAGGAACACUCAAAUUAGAGCUAGCAGCUUGUUACUGGGUGGUGGGUGAAGAAAGAGAGGUCAGACUCUAACUUUUCUGUUUCUUUGGUGGAUCAAAAAUUGAGUCACUCAUUCUCUGUUCCCCUUUGAGAUGUGGCCAAUGGUAGGGGUGUGGAAGAGGAUCUGGCAUGCCUAGAGUCUGCCCACCCUUGGAGGUCUGUUUCUGCUUUGCUACAUUGCUUUGCUUUUUCUCCCAUGGGAUGGGGAAGUUCCUGGAGCUCCUGCUCUAUAUUAUUCUCCGCCUCUCUCCCUACAUUCAUCCUCUUGCUCACACUUGUCCAUUUUCUCGCCUUCUAGCUCACUUUACCCUGCUCCUCCUCUCCCAGCACUAGAGCUAGAACGUUUGUGAUUUCAUGGGUCUCAUUUCUCAUGCAUAAGAGCAAGUCAUUGACUCCACUCCACCCUCUGAGAAGUGUAAGUGUAAGCAGGUUGGGGGUGGUGGGUGCAAGCCCAUUUCCCCAGACCCUUUUCUCCGCACCUGAAGACUAAGAGCAGCAACAAUGGCUGGCUGGCCCCCAGUUCCAUGAACUUACUGUACAGUGCUGUAUGCAGAUGUAAUUGCCAUUCCUUAUUCUUACAUGAUAUUUCUCCUGCUUAUGUAUCUGUGUUAGCCCUCUUAACCACAGCUUUAACCUGGUAGCUUAUGUUCAGUUGGUUGUGCACCAUGACCCUAAAUCUAUUUGAGUCACUGCUUUCCAAGAUACAGUUCCUCAUUGUGUAAGUGUGACCUACAUUCUGUGUUCUUGGCAGUUUGGCUGUAUUAAAACACAUGUUCAAGUGAGCCCAGCUUAUUUUGUGAUCCAGAUUGCUUUAUAAAACUCACCUGGCCUUCA